GUCUCGCGGUUACAGUUGCGCGUCUGGCGUGUUAGCGAGCAGUACUCCUACCUUGGAUGAAAGCUCAGCAAAGCGCGACUGUCUAUCUCGUCGAUAAAAGGCAUCCAGUGUCCUGAGUGUAUCUCGGAAUUAGAAACCGAAAUAGUGAAGGGAUUGGUGUAAGGGGAUGAGCGGGGGAAUGGCAAAAUUACGUAAGACCGUAUAAUACAGGGGUUGAAUGUUACUGGAGCGUGGUGUUCAUAUGGUGACCGUGUUAAGGGUGGCUGCGUGCAUCAGUAAAUUAUGUACCUGAAACGUAGAAGAGUUUUAAACAGUAAAUAAGUGAGUGCGAAUUUUAUUUAUGAAACGUUUAACUCCGCGCGAGAGUGUCAGAAUUAAAGGAUAGCAAGAGACAUAAAUAAACGACGUGGUGAAAGUGACUAAAGUUAAUUGGCCAGUACGUAUAUUUAGGUAGGUUGCGCACGAUUUGCCGGUCAGUGCGGGUUAAAAGUCGUAGUCGAAUGUCGUACUGUGGGGCUACGCCAAUUAGAAUGACCACGAACUCGUUUAUAUAUAGAAUCGAUAGUAGGUAACGUUCUGGUGCCUCCGCCUUCUUGAGACUCUGAGUCCCUCUUGUUACCCCUCAGCAAUCCCAAAAAUUUAACGCACAUUUAUAAAUAUCGCCGUAGCCACAUCUUUAAGCGCGGACUGGCAUCGUCGUUUGACGUAAAUCCAACGAUACGGUGAAAACAACUCACUGCCUCAUUUAAAUAUUACAAUUAGGAUACCGUCGUCGAACGGUGCUCCAGCUGCGUGUCGAUGUAAUUAUCCAUGACUAUUGUAUUGUACGCGGGAAUGCACGCCGACGGACUGCGCAUGCGCGUUCACUCGCAUUAUUGUUAUUUGCCGUGCACGCGAUAACGCAAGAUCGUAUUAGACUUUUGUAUCGAUAACUGAGAACAUCUCUUGUUUUUCAGUAGGGAUUUCGUUUGCCCUGAGCUUUCUUACCUGUCACAUCUUGGUUAUCCCUACCAUCGAAGGAGCUAUGAGAAACGUUCUUCUGAACUUGCUGGCUCUAAAUUGGAGAAAAGUUUAAUAACUGCAAGGCAAUAAAGGGAGAAGAAACGUUGGAGAUUGGUGAAGAAACUUGGGGAGGAACUACCUAAAUAAUAUUAAAUCCAAUAAGACUCUGUUUGUUUGGUUCUUAACCUAAGCAUGAAGGUACGCCGGUCGUAUGAAGAAUAUCCUCCUGGUUAUCAAGGGCGAGAAUUCUUCUCAGGAUUGUUAUUGUGGGUGGCCGUUCCGGUUGGUGUACCGACGCCUCAAUUAUUCUCAUUAUUCUCAUCCUGGUCGUCGUGAAUGUCGCCAAGAAGAAUUUUGACACCAAGGGACGCGGCUCAAUUGUAAAGAUCUCACCGUUGAGUAUUCGCUAGUAGAUUUCAAUUGGUUCGUUGCUCUGUACUGCUGAUAUAUGAGUAUAUAUGUGGUGUUUGGUGUAUGCGCGCGUGCGAGUGUAUAUAUUCAUACACAUAUAUAACUGUGGCUCUCGCGUGUAAUAAUCCCGACCAACGAAUACGUUCGCGACUCGCAUCGAUCGGACGGACGCCAAGCGCCGCGACGCCCUCUCCUCGCUCCACCUGCUUGUCAGACUAUUACGCGUCACGUCAGAAACACACCUCGAAAUAUUCUCGAAUUCGAGAUCGUAAUUUCUUUGCCACCACCGCAACGACCGAGUUGUCUUUAUCCGUCCUUAAGGUACGACGCUCACCCUGGACUUUGCGACGUCAUCGUCAAUGGCUUAGUUACCAGUGGGGAGAAACGGAACAAAGAAAUUGAGAAACGUGCCGGGAAAUUGUAGUGAAGUUACGAACGUCUCUGUACCCUCGACGUCAUCAGGCCAUACGCGUUGAAUACGCGGCCGUACGUGUAAAUUGUGCCGUGUCCAUCGUCAUGUAAAUUCGUCUAAUCGCCAGUCGAGGCGGCGACGUCGAAAAUGUGUCGCGACACGACGCAGAGGGUUCGCAAAAAAUGAUAUGGUGAAAUACAAGGUGCUGUUUGUGAGAUCAUCAGUAGUUGAAAGGAGGAUAACAGAAGAUCCAGUGAUAGUGUCUUACGCGGUAGACAAAUUCUUUGUAAAAGACGCCGUCGGCUGGAGGAAUCGUCCGCAUUGAACUUCUCGUUGUAAUUAUCUUGAAUUUUAAACGUCGUCGGCGUCAGGACUUCCCUGGUGGCCUCCACGAGCUAGAAAGAAGCUUCGAAAGGACUGUACUACGGGGAGAAGGAGAAAAGGAAUUACCUAAAGAGGGUUCAAAAUCCAUGAAAAUGUUUUGCUUCCAAAGUCCUUUUGCACGCGCAUCUAGAGGAGUAGUACCACCCCCGCCACUCUCGACCCAGGCUACCACGACCUCAUCAGACCUGAGGAGAAGAGGCUCCGAAGCGACCAGUGAGGGAUCCGGAUCUUCCUCCAUCAGAUUUAUCGAUCAGGAACUCUCCAUGUCUGGGGGUAGUAGCACUGACACUCUACCUGGUAUCCGUGCAGAUUAUCUGGAGACAGAUCCGUUAUCACCUGGUCCAGAUUCAAUCAUACCAGAAACGCCCUCUGCGAAAGAUACCUGGAUUCUUGUGAACGGUGUCUCCGAUGAUACUAACGAUGGUAUCACCCUAUCGACUAUUGAUAACAAACUGGACGGUGCCUACGUUGCUUCCCGCACGCAGGUGUCACCGUCACAAAAAGCACCAGCAUCCAGGUGGAGACGAAAGCUUCUCCUCAGAUUAAGAUCGACAGACUCAUCCGCAUCCAGCACCGGAGAAACGUCGUCCCCGUCACCUUCGCCGGCUAGCGAUUCGACGCCCUCUUCCGCCAGGAAUCAGAACGGUCCACAUCGACACGGUACCGCCUCUUCCGCGCCGUUUGUUUCGCCGCUCGCGCUGCAGCAGGGGGAACCAACCGAUAGUGGCGACGUGCUGGAAGCUCAGUCGCGCGAGGUCUUCGCCUCGGUCAACGACAUCCCUUCGUUCGAGAACGGCUUUAGCGAUCUUGACGAAGAUCCUAAUCAGGAAACCGAGACCGAGGAAGGCUCCUUACCGUCGAGUCCAGCCGCCGCUGUUGGCCUUGUACCAAGUGUUCCCUAUUACGGAUUCCUUUCGGCUAACGGAUCCAUGCGUCAGGAGACCACUAGUACGAGCUCGCCGCAGCUGUCCUCCGGCACCAGUCCUAGAUCCAGUGCCGAGUCUCCGCCGGAGCCCGAGGCGGGCUCCUUUGCCGAAGAUACACCGGUUAAUGUAAAUCUACAACCUCAGCCAUUGGAAACGACAUGUCUACCUGCUGCGAGAUCAUGUCCCAACCUAGAACGUCAAAGCGCCGGGUGUUCAUCCGCUAGUGGAUCCUCCAGUCCAAGUCCAAGUCCAGGACCAGCUGGACCUAGAUUCAAACCUCUCGAAGAAGGUGACAUUCAGGUCUGCUAUCUCAAUCACACCAGGACUCUUGUCAGCAAGAUCCUGUCCAGCAAGUUUCUCAGACGUUGGGAGACACAUCAUUUGUAUCUCAACGAUGCCUGUCUAUCCUCCAAGACGCUUACAGGAUUUCUUCAGCAGCCAGUACCGUACAGUAGUAUGUCCGAGGUGUAUACCGUAGCAAGAUGGGACCCUACAUACAAGUAUUGUUUAAGGAUCGUUCUACCGGAUGGCUCUCUACUUCUCCAAGCCAGCAAUGCCUACACGAGAGAUCAGUGGUAUCAUUCUAUAUUAUGGAAGAAGAGCAUCUUCAAGUAUCAACAUCUGGUAUCAUCCAACACCAGGGACGAAAUUGUUCUGAGAGAAUUGAAGACAAUGGUAGACUUUGCACUGUGGACGCCUUUGCAAGAUGAGCGAGUAGCUGGAGCACCUUUGGAAGCGGUGGCGAAGCUUCUGGAGGAUCCAGUACCGGAUGAUGAAUCAAGUAAGAUCAGUAACGAGGAACGUGAAACAGAGGAUAGAAGCUGGGCAGAAGCUGUUCUCGCGGUGGCAGCGCCUCUAUUGGAAAAAGCAGCACCACCUCCCGCCCUGGCCAGAGCCUUGGCACGGCUAGCUCAAAGACAUCCGAAGUCUCCCCUGGUCUUGGCUCAAUGCCCAGCGAUCACUAGGUGCCUCAAGCACACCGUUGACUUUGGAAAGUCGCCGGACAUGAGGAAACUCCUUCAGGUCUUCAUUGCUGCUUUGCAUGAGAAUAAUGACGGCGAGCAAGCAAUCAGGGAUUACAUUGCUUCCGUACAUGGACCAGGCAGCGAUUGUCCACAUCCUAGAGUCUUACCUAAUCUCGUGUCCAUUUGCGUAGCAGCCAUAUUUCAUAGAUUCGAAGUGUCCAAUCGUACACCGCCUAGCGAGGAUCAGCCUACGAGUUUGCCGCCAUUGCGAUGUUAUCUUUUAGUUUUAAAUGUCGCUUCUGAAUACGCAGACUGGAGGCCAGGACUUGGUGCUUUGCUUCAACCAGUACCAUUCCCAGAGGAGGCGUUGGCUGAUAAGGAAGUUCAGGAAACUAUACUGUUAUGUGCCAUGCAGCGUUUAGCUAAGGACCCCAGAUGUUCCGUUCAUAGGGUCUUGUUGCCAGUCAGAGAGCCACGACCUGGCUGGAUUCAUAUAGUGGCGCCCUCCAGUCCAGCCUGUCCUGAUCAGGGUCAACUGUUUGGCGAGAUGCUUACUACUCUUCUGGCGUGCUGCUGCCGGAGGAAGAGGUUCAUUGGCUCCUUGAUGAAGCAAGCUGGCGGAGCUUGUGUACUUUUGGGAGUCAGGGAUUGCGAUGCUGCUCAAGAAGCACUUUGUCUAAUGCUUGAGUGGCGUCUCUUGCCGAACGAGGAGGCUCGACUCCAGGUUGUCUCGGCUCUUCAGUCCACGCCAUCCGGACGCAAUCGUUACGCCGAUCUCUGUCAAAGACAGAGAAACUUACAAGAGCUAAAAGGUGGACCCAGGAAGUUGACUUUGCCAGUACGUGCGACAGACGCCGACGUCGCUCUGCUCCUGGGUGGCGGUGCACUUGGAAAUUUGGAAUGUCUCAGUCUGGCUUUUACGUCCGUGACUUCCGCCUGUGCCGAGCAGCUCAUUAAGCUGCCCGCUCUGAGAUACCUAAAUCUUUGGGCCACACAAUUCGGCGAUGCCGGCCUACAGAUGAUAAGCGAGCACCUACAGAAGCUGCAGGUUUUAAAUCUCUGUGAAACGCCGGUUUCCGACAAAGGAAUAUCUACUCUGGCCUCACUCACCAGCCUAAGAAAAUUGAACCUGAACAGCACGAAACUCUCGGCUCAGACAUUCGAAUCGUUGAAGAAGAGAUUACCCGCACUGCAAGAAUUUGACGUUCGAUAUACGGAGGCUUGGUGACCCUUCUCGUUGACGGUUGUGACGUCGUCAGGCUCCUCGACGCGACGACGGAGGGACAACGUUAAGGCGGUUGGAUACUCAUAGUCAGGAUCGCUAUCAAGCGAGUUUAACGUAUCAUGAUGUAAAUUUAUAUCCUCAGUUGGUGGAGCUCAUUUCUCUCGCGUAUUCAUAUCGGGUAGGUUUGACUUUCGAUGGUGUAGUUCGAUACCGGUAAUGAAGUUUUCACUUAUUACUUGUCAGUAAAAUUUCAAUUAUUCAACGGUGAUUAUAUUCCACGUAGAACAUUAUCGUAAUAUCCGCGAGGGAAUUGUGGUUCGUUUACUUUAUUUUCUAUUUUUUUUUUAUUUUUUUUUUUUACGUGCUCAGUAUAAGUAGGUACUGCGAAUUGCCUCUGUCCUCUGAUUGACACUUUGAGACGGAGGGUGCCCAACUGCCUUAAACUGAAUUCUGAGCAACCACUGCCACAUCACGGUAACUCUAGUAUAAUGACAGUUGGCAUCAGACGUUAGUACAACAUCCCAAAUAUUCGAGCGACUACACGCUUAGUGUAUAUAGUUAAGUAGGAAUUAAGCAGAUUAAAAACUAUUAAUUUAUUGUAGGUAGGCCGUAUUUAUAUAUCACGUGAAUAAUACGAUAAACGAAUAGGCUAGGAGAUUUACGGAAAUUGUAUAACACGAUUUAAAGUGAAUUUGAGAGAUAGUAGUUAUAAACUACGGAUUAUAAUACCUAAAGAUAGGACGACUGAUUCAUUACAUUAUUUCAAUAUUGUAAAGCUGCAAGGGAGCAAGCAUUGUAAGAAGACUGUUUACGUCAAUUUCAAUAAGGAAAUAUUAAAUAGCAAAUUAUAAUAAUUUAUUAAUUAAUGGUAACAAUAAAUUCACUUUAAUACCA